GGAGCCGGCGCCGCCGGCGGCCAGUCGUUUGACGCCUGCCGCGCGAGCGGGUGUCGCCAGGGAACGCGUGUCAUUGUCGCGCUACGAGUGUAUCCGCGCGAGCCGCCGGCGCGUCAUGGACGUUGCAUGAGCGGGCGCGAGCGCGACCGCUGGAGCCGACGGGCACGCCGGCCGUGGAGCGCGCGCCGUGGGCCCCGGGCGGCGCGGGCAUGCGCUUCGAGGGCGCGGAGCGGCGCGACGCCGUCGCCUUCCAUCCGUUGCUGGCGCCGCGGCCGAGCGACUUCUCGGUGUCGGCGCUGCUGACGGCGGGCGCGCUGCCGCCGCCCCCGUACCUGCCGGCCGCGCUGGCCGCCGCCGCCGCGCUGUCCGCGCCCUGUCCGCUGCUCAAGCCGCCGCCGCCGCCGUAUGCGCCGCUGCCGCCAGACGACGAUGGCGUAGUCGACGACCCCAAAGUUACCCUCGAGGGCAAGGACCUCUGGGAGAAGUUCCACAAGCUGGGCACCGAAAUGGUGAUCACCAAAAGUGGCAGACGUAUGUUUCCUGCCUACAAAGUUCGCGUUUCUGGUCUUGAUAAAAAAGCAAAAUACAUUUUGCUAAUGGACAUCGUAGCUGCCGACGAUUGCAGAUACAAAUUCCACAACAGCCGGUGGAUGGUAGCCGGUAAAGCGGACCCUGAAAUGCCCAAGAGGAUGUACAUCCACCCCGACUCCCCCUCGACAGGAGAGCAGUGGAUGCAGAAGGUUGUCUCCUUCCACAAGCUGAAGUUGACGAACAACAUCAGUGACAAGCACGGUUUCGAGCUCAUCUAUAGCCAAAGCCAACGGAUGUUGUCAAAGUUGCUGUGGCCCAAUCCAUCACCUAGUGCGCCCAGAGACCCCCACUCAGAUCAUUUGUGUGUUACGCAGACGAUCCUGAACUCGAUGCACAAAUACCAGCCGCGGUUCCACCUGGUGCGGGCGAACGACAUCCUCAAGCUGCCAUACUCCACCUUCAGGACGUACGUCUUCAAGGAGACAGAGUUCAUCGCGGUCACCGCAUAUCAAAAUGAGAAGAUUACGCAAUUAAAAAUCGACAACAACCCGUUCGCGAAAGGUUUUCGCGACACGGGUGCGGGGAAAAGAGAAAAGAAUCUGUCCGUGUACCGCAGGCAAGCGCUGCUGACGGCGCGGUCGGACGCGCGAGACGACGACGACGAGCGGCCGCUUGACGUCGGGGGCCCCUCCAGCCCCCCUCCACCACCCUCCACUACGCAACAUUCUACCAACUCCUGGUUUACGUCAAGCGGAGGUGGCGGAGACUCAGGUCCGGACGAAGCGGGAUCCGACUCCUCGUGUUCAGGCGGCACCCGGGCGCAGUCCCCUCCCCCCGGCCCGUCGCGCCCCUCCCCCGCGCCGGACGUGUCGCUCGGGCCGCCCGUGCAGCCGCCCUUGCUGCCCUACCUGUACCCGCCGUCGCUGUACCCGCCGCCGUUCUUCCCGCCGCACCAGAUGCCGCCGGGGCUGCUGUUCAACCUGCACCCGCUGCUGCAGCAGUACUCGCUGCCGCCGCCUCCCGCACCGCCCGCGCCCGCGCCGCUAGGCAAGGCGCACCGGUUCGCGCCGUACGCGCUGCCCGGGCUGGGCUCCGCGUUCGAGCAGGUGGCGCCGCGCGCGCGCAGCCUCAGCUCGUCGCCGGCGCGGCCGCGCGGGGGGUCGCCGCCCGCGCGCGCCGCGUCCGCCGACCCGCCGCCCGACGCGCCCACGGCCGCCGCGACGCCCGCGACCCCCGCGACCCCCGCGACCCCGCCCGCCUCCGACCUCAAGAGCAUCGAGCGCAUGGUCAACGGCCUCGACGUCGAAACGCAGGACUGACUCGCGACGUAGCCGCGAACGUGUACAUAGAGUGUAUUUAUAUCAGAUCCCGCCGGGAUGUCGUUUUGUAUCGUUCCUAUUUUGUUUUCUGUCGAGUUCUAUUCGGGUCGAUCGUAUCAUGUAAAUAGUUAAGCUCACACUAGCUGUUUGUUUAGAACGUUAAUGUUCGUCGAUUGACCGUCACGCGUUAACCGCACUCGCUUGUCACCUGGAUAGUUAGCAUUGACCAUAAGUUUUCUUGCAUUGUCGUUUUAUAAAGUUAUGAAAAUUUUUAUGGAACCCAUUUUAAAUUAUAAAAUUUCUAUGAAACUUUCCCAUUCCUAUGGUUAUAAAGCUCCAGGCUUCAUUGAUAGCAGUAUAUUUUACAACGCCUCAUUUAGUUCCGUUUCACAAAAUUCUAAGGGACUUAUUCAGCUAUUAUAUUUUUAAAUGCAUCUAGGCAUGGUAGUCAUGGUGGUCUUAUUAUGUCUGUCAAACGAAAAAAAUAAAUAAUUGUAGUACCUAUUCAUAUUUUCCAUAUAAAUUUGAAUCAAUGGCAUGAUUUCCAUUUUCAUGUUUUACAUGUCACUGUCAAUUGUUUUCCCGCCAUUUUAGUUAUAAGUUGUGUUGUCAAAUAUACUGGAAUGGAGUGGAGUGUGCGGUGACGUCAUUAUUCGAACACGUAGUAUUGACACGAUAGCUAUCACAUUAGUUUCCACUGCAAUAGAUAUAGUGAUAUUAUUUUCGAUGAAAAGAACCUAAUGCGAGACAUCAUUCAUAUAUUAUGUUAGCACGACGUUAUCAAAUACUUACACCAAUUAUAAUUUGUUUUUAUUUUACUAAGUGUUAUUAAAAUAUAAACAAUUUAUUUCUUAUUUAUUAAGGUUUAUUUUUAGUAGAAUAUUAAACAGAUGGUAUUUAAAAGAUGUCAAAAUAAGGCCUUUUCGUCGAUUUAUCGAUUCAUUUAAUUCCCACUUAUUAUAAAAAUAAUUAUUGCUUUAUUGUGUAAAUACAAUUUAUAAGGUAUAUUUACGUGUUUAUUAUUAUUAGACAUAUUUUGAAAAUAUGUUUUAUCAAUUGUGCUGUGAACGAGUGCGUUCGGUUGUUUCUUGCAAAAAGAGUCGAGAGAAAUUAAUAAUUUUAUAAUUUUAUUAAAUCUUAAUAUAAAAAGUAUUAUAAUGAGGCAUUGUUUCGUUUUAUAUGGAAGUAUCUAAAAUUAAUCAUAAAAUUAAAAAGUUUAUAAGAGUUUUUUAAGAACAAUCUGACGCACCAUAUAAAAACGAUUGAUGAAAAUUAACUGUAAGUUAAAAUUUUGUAAUAUAUAGUUGAUAAAUUUGUAGUUAAAAUACAAAAUAUAUAAUUAUAAAUGAAUAUAAUUUUCCAUGGAAUUCAUUAAAUUUAAGACCAUUAAAAGUAAAUCUCGAAAUAAUAUACGUAACACAUUUUGUUGUUGUCUUAUUUUAUCAAAAGUGAAUUGAAAUGCAAACACAGGUUUGUUGAUUUGCCAUUUUUCUACAGAAUGUAAAAAAGAGUUGCUUUGAGAAGUUGAGAGACUGUAACUAUUUGACAGCUGUAUUGAAAACUAUUCAUUAAAAUAUAUAGAUAAAUCUAUUGACAAAA